AUGGUGGGCACAAAUAACAGAAUUGGCAGACUUGCAAAGAAGCCGAAGCCUCUAGAUGGAUUAAAACUUGACACAUCACUGGCGAAUGGGAAAUCUAAAGAGUGUGCCACUGACGAAUGCACAAAUGAAACCCUCAGCGACAUUCCUACAGACGUAUCUGCUACAAGUGAAAUUGCGCCGAGCGAGCCGAUCAUCGAUGAAUCCCUCCCCGAAUGCACGGGUACCGCUGUAGGUUCAUUGUCGCAUGGCGUGGCCGAUCUACCGAGGUCUAACCAACAUACUCGAAUUGGGGAUGGAGAUAUUGGAGUAACAAAUUCAUCACCGCAGGCGGACCGGUUUCCAGUUAAUCACAGCGAUGGAAUUGCCAUCCUGGAGGAAUACUUUGAACAGCCGAUUGACCAUUUGGGACCUGCGAACGAUGCAGAAUGUCUUGAAGGAGUGCCAACAUGCACGGCAAAGCCUGUUCGUGAAGUUAAGGCUGCACCUACUACGUGCUCCAUGACCCCCGAAGCUUUGAUUACCCCUCACUCUCCGUUAAGUACUAAUAUAAAUACUAUCAUCUCAGAAGAUUCGAACACUCUCGAUGCUAACCCAGCUAUAGUAAGUGCAGCGGUUUCUGAGUUUGGCUCUAGCGUCGGAUCUUCUGAGCCUAGAACUUUGUCUACGAAUCCAACAAGCUAUCCGCCUUCGGAGACUAAUCACAACAGGCGCGAUAUAUUAACCGGAUUUCGAACUACCCCCUACAUUCGACGCCCCAUUCUUGACCAUUCAGCUCAAUGGUUGGAACACGUUUUCAUGGCACCCAGCGAGGCAGAGGAUACCAGCCGUAUACCUAAUUCUUCGGUCCCAGGUGUUUUAAACGACGUAUUAACUAACAGUGAUUUUAAACUUUCCGAGGAGAUCAUAAGUAGCAUGGCGGAGAAUUUGGUGAAAUGUAACCGCUCUAUUGCAAAACCUGCCUUUGAUGCCGCGCAAGAAAGAGAUCGAGAAGUGAAGCGAGACAAUACCAGGUUGCAGGACCGAAGACUAACAUCAGCAUAUCCCUCUCGAAGGCUAGAUAGUAAAGACUUCGUGAAUGACGUCCCAUGUCUCAAUCUGAGAGACUUAGUGGAGAUAGAAAUGUAA